GUGGGGAAAGAAAGAGGGAACUAGGAAGAGAAGGAGGGGAACUUAAACCUUGCUUCCUGCUCUGUCUUUCUCAGAAAACCAAAUAUGGCAUCUUCCAUGAGGAGCUUGUUUUCUGACCACGGGAAAUAUGUUGAAUCUUUCCGGAGGUUUCUCAACCAUUCCACGGAACACCAGUGCAUGCAGGAAUUCAUGGACAAGAAGCUGCCAGGCAUAAUAGCAAGGAUUGGAGACACAAAAUCAGAAAUUAAGAUUCUAAGCAUAGGCGGAGGUGCAGGUGAAAUUGAUCUUCAAAUUCUCUCCAAAGUUCAGGCUCAAUACCCAGGAGUUUGUAUCAACAAUGAAGUUGUUGAGCCAAGUGCUGAACAAAUUGCCAAAUACAAAGAGCUUGUAGCCAAGACAUCGAACCUCGAGAACGUAAAGUUUGCUUGGCAUAAGGAGACAUCAUCUGAAUAUCAAAGUAAAAUGUUGGAGAAAAAGGAGCUUCAAAAGUGGGACUUUAUUCAUAUGAUUCAAAUGCUGUAUUAUGUAAAAGACAUCCCAGCUACCCUGAAAUUCUUCCAUAGUCUCUUAGGUACCAAUGCUAAGAUGCUCAUUAUUGUUGUGUCAGGAAGCAGUGGCUGGGACAAGCUGUGGAAAAAGUACGGAUCACGCUUUCCCCAGGAUGACCUCUGCCAGUAUAUCACAUCAGAUGACCUCACUCAGAUGCUGGACAACCUAGGGCUUAAGUAUGAGUGCUAUGACCUUUUGUCCACCAUGGAUAUAUCUGACUGCUUUAUUGAUGGUAAUGAAAAUGGAGACCUGCUUUGGGAUUUUUUGACUGAAACCUGCAACUUUAAUGCCACAGCACCACCUGAUCUCAGAGCAGAGCUUGGGAAAGAUCUACAAGAGCCUGAAUUUAGUGCUAAGAAAGAGGGGAAGGUUCUUUUUAAUAAUACUCUGAGUUUCAUAGUGGUUGAGGCAUAACUAUCAAUCACAAAAGUAUAUUCAAAAAUUAUAUUUUGAACAACUUGAAUCACUCAUUUAUUUCCAUAUUAAAAUCACAAAUUCAUCCAUUAAUGUAGAUAAAGCACUGUUUGGAUAUGAGAUGUAGCAAAUUCCAAGACAUUAUUGGACUUCCAUUUGGAAUCAUAUGGGAUACUGCUGGUCUUACCCUGUUCUUCCUCCAGGUAGAGAGACCACAUGCAGGCUCAACAUAACAUAAGCUAGAAAAAUUAGACGACUGAAUUUCUAUGGCAUAUUGAUAAUAAAAUUCAUUCCAAUUGCUGAUUGUCUGAAAUUUUCUAGAAUACUAAUAAAAUACAUACUAUAGAUUCUUUAUUAGUGAAGUAUGCACUAAUCAAUACUUUGAAAACAAAGCCUGUGUUACUGAUUUGGCCGUUUUGUGAAGAAACAUUUAUCUUUGUACGUUCUUCUAUUGUGCUAUCUUAUUUUUAUUAAUUUGUAAGAGUAAGCACCUUUAGAAUAUUAAAAAUUAAUUCUUUA